AUGGCUGGCACUUUGACUGAGGACAAUGGUGCGGAUGCUAGAUCCUCAUCAACUGAAGAGAUGCCAAGUGAUCAACAGAGUCAUUCUGGGGAUUCUUUAGCUGAGUGGAGGUCAAGUGAGCAAGUUGAGAAUGGAACACCAUCCACUUCACCAGCGUACUCAGACACUGAUGAUGAUGACUGUGGACCUAGGCCUUCUGAGCUUUAUGGGAAGUUUACAUGGAGAAUUGAUAAUUUCUCCCAAAUCAACAAGAGAGAGCUAAGAAGUAAUUCCUUUGAUGUUGGUGGAUUUAAGUGGUAUAUCUUAAUUUACCCACAAGGAUGUGAUGUCUGCAAUCACCUCUCACUCUUUCUUUGUGUUGCCAACCAUGAUAAGCUACUCCCAGGAUGGAGUCAUUUUGCGCAAUUUACAAUAGCUGUAAUUAAUAGAGACCCUAAGAAAUCUAAGUAUUCUGAUACACUGCAUCGGUUUUGGAAGAAAGAGCAUGAUUGGGGUGGAAAAAAGUUUAUGGAGCUGUCAAAAUUACAUGAUGGCUUUAUUGUUGAAGAUGUUCUUACCAUCAAAGCCCAAGUUCAAGUUAUCAGGGAGAAGACAGACCGUCCAUUUCGUUGCCUUGAUGGCCAGUACCGAAGGGAACUAAUUAGGGUGUAUCUAUCAAAUGUGGAACAAAUAUGCCGGCGCUUUAUUGAUGAAAGAAGAAGCAAGCUUAGCAGGUUGAUUGAGGAUAAACUGGGGUGGUCCAGUUUCAGUGGAUUCUGGCUAGCAAUGGAUCCAAAGCAAGAACAAAAUGGGAUACCUAAACUAACAGAGACAGAUGCUCGGAGCACUCCAAUGGUACUUAUUGAUCAGGACAUGUUUGUUUUGGCUGAUGAUGUGAUACUUCUGCUUGAAAGAGCUGCAUUGGACACACUGCCACACCAACCAUUGCCUACAAAGGAUGAUAAAAGUCCCCAAAAUCGCACGAAGGAUGGCAACUCAGGUGAGGAGUUCAGCAAAGAUUCUAUUGAGCGUGAUGAUAGACGGCUUAUAGAGCUAGGCUGGAAGACAUUGGAGCUUUUUGCCUUAUCUCAUAUAUUCAGCCGAAUAGAAGUGGCGCAUCAAGAGGCUGUGGCUUUGAAGCGCCAAGAGGAACUCAUUCGUGAAGAGGAAGCCGCUGGGCUAGCUGAAAUUGAACUUAAGGCAAAGCGUAGUGCUGCUGAAAAGGAAAAACGUGCCAAGAAAAAACAGGCAAAACAGAAGAAAAAUAGUCGAAAAAGUAACAAGGGAAAAAGUGGCAAGUCCGACAUCAUUAAGGAAAUACUUAUGGACAGCAGUCCUUCAGAUGAUAGAAUCCUGGAUGAUUUUUCUGGACAAACGGAAGAAAUGUCUUCAAAUGCUGACAACCCUGAAGAAGUUUCUGAUAUAUCUGACAGCAGAGACGAUAAUUCAGAUGUGCUUCAUGUUGAUAUUGAAGACCGUGAAUCUAGCCCUGUUAAUUGGGAGACGGAUGCUUCAGAAACUCAAGCUACAGUUCCUGGAAGUAGUGAGGUGCAAAAUGACCAUGCAGGGAAGAGGACCUCUACUGUGGAUGAUAGCUCAUCGACUUGUUCAUCAGACUCAGUCCCUUCAGUUACCGUGAAUGGAUCAUAUACAGGAGGUGCCUGGACAAGCGUCAGAUCCUCAUCCAAUAGGGGAAACAACCGUAGGAAUAAGGAUACUGAAGCACGGGCAGGAUUUGCACAAGGUGGAUCAAGUUCGGCGCAUAAUGGUUUUAUAGGAUCUGGCAGCAAUGCCUCUGGCCACUCAAAGGAAAGACAUGAACCUGAGGAUGAUAAAGUUGUCUUGCAGAGGAAGCAACAUGCACAACGGCACAUUGAUGUCAUUAGCCCCUCCAAGUCAAGAAUGGCUGACUCUUCAUUUUCUUCUGUGAGCCCUGUUAAGAAGCAACCUAACUUGUCUCGUCAACCAAAAUUUUUGCUAGAAAGCACCAAUAGUUUGAAUCACCGCGCAAGCGAAGUUUCAGGCGCUGUGACUGCCACUACACCAGCAGGUGCCUCUUCAACCCCGGCAGCUCAGUUAGUUUCGAAUAAAGGACCUGUAUCCAGUGCUGCAACCCAGAAUGAGAAGCCACUUCCAGUUACAAGUAGACCCCUGCAGUUUCAUUCCCGUUCACGAACAUAUCGCAAUGCCAUGAUGGAGAAAAGUUCUGGUGGCGGAAGCAGUUUCACACAUCAGCAAGGUUCAUCCGAGCAAGCAGUUGCACCAUCGCAAUCGAUGUUUACAUCGCAACCUUCCGUUCUGUCAUCAGAGACCUUGUCUAGGAAAGAGGAAACGUCAUUGAGACCUGGGUUUACAUUUGGGACUGUAAAGCCCGAGUCACUGAACCCAUAUCAGGGCAGAGAAGAGAACUCACAGCAAGCGAGCAGCAGCAGCAGCAACAGUAGUGAUUGUACGCCAUCGAGUUCGAACAUCAGAAGCGAGAUUGCGAAGCUCAAUUUGAAUGGAAGAUCACGAAGCAAGCAACUGUUGUCAGAAAUUUCUACCAGAUUUACUCCCUAUCAGCCACAAGGCUUGGUCGCUGAUGAGUUCCCACACCUAGACAUCAUCAACGACUUGUUGGAUGAGGAGCAGAGUGACAGGAGAAGGGUUCUUCAACCUGGUUUUGUUCAACAAUUCUCUAUGCCUAAUGGUGCCAGCACACCUGAUUAUGGCUUGUUUGGUGAGCCAUACUUGUUUGACCAGUCCGAGCAAUACUUUGACGAGGAGCCUCCAAGGUUUUAUAGUCCAUUGAGCAGUGCUCCUCGGAGGCUGAGGGACCGGAGCUAUUCACACUUUGAUCUCCCUUCAUACUCCAGCAGCAGCCAGUUUGAUGAUCUGAUGAUGAGUCAGUGGCCAUACAGCCGCACUGACAUCUCCAUGCCUAGUUUUGGGUCAGACACAAGUGGCUACCCGUACCAGGCGCAGGAUUUCCCGAGUUCAGCGAAUGGAGCAAGCAGGUACCCAUCGUACCGCCCUGCCAAUGGGCAUUGA